UCAGAAGUUGGUUCCAUCAUGGCAGAACUCAAGGUGGAGACCCGGGCCAAUGUGGACUGGCAGAAGCGCUGCCUGGCCCUGGAGACCCAGCUUUUCCGGUUCCGCCUACAGGCCAGUAAGAUAAGGGAGCUGCUGGCUGACAAGAUGCAAGAGCUGGAACAGAGGCUGUUGGAGGCGGAGCAGAGAGCAGAGAAUGCGGAGACCCAGGUGGGUGUGAUGGAACAGAAGGUAAAGCUGUCCCAUCUGAAGAAUGUGGACUCGGCAGGCAGCCUGCACCGGAAGUACCAAGAAUUGAUGAAAGUCACGCAGGGCAAAGAUGAGCUCAUCAGCCAACUGGAGGCCCAGCUGGAGAAGCAGAAGCAAAUGAGAGCUGAGGAAGCAAAAAUUGUUCAAGAAAAGGCUGCGAAGAUCAAGGAAUGGGUGACACUAAAGUUAGCAGAGCUUGAGAUGGAGAAUCAGCACCUGCAAAGCUGCAAUCAGCGCCUGGUGGAGCAGGUGGGAGCCCUUCAAGAUGCGCUGGAAGCUGUUCGGAUGGCACCUUCAGGGAAGUUACUGGUGGCCCCCCAGGAAACCCCAGAGCAGGAUGCUGUCACUUCAGGGCCUGGAACCCAGCUGAUGGGGCAGGACAGUGGUCCCCAGACUGAGGGUUUCCUGAAGGUGGCUGUGCCUGUAUCUUUUCCAGGUGCCCUGCAGAACAAGGACUCUGUUCCUGAAGCUGGAAGCCCCUUGGACGACUCUCAUUCCAGCCUAGUCCACUCUGGGGAAAGAGCGGAGGCCAAGACGCCUCAGGGUCAUCUGGGAAGAGAGGGCUCUCCUGGUCAGCUGCGCGUGAAGCCUCGCAUCCCCAGAUGUGGUUCCACUUCCUGGGGUGAGGGCCUGGUCAGUGUUCAGGGAGGGAUGCUCCCUGGGACAAAGAUCUCCAUCAGAGAAGGUGGCCCUGGCAGCAGCCUGACCCUUCCAAAAACAAGGACUCCCAGCACCCCUCAGGACAGCAUCCACUUGGCCAAGCGGCACCACAGCCAGCCCCAGGUGGGCUCUGGGCACUUUGACCAUGUGGUGAGCAUUGAGAUUGGGGCCCUACCGGCCCUCUGCCCCUCCAGCCUCCUUGAGGUGAAGACUGGAGCUGAGCUCCGGGAGGAACCAGAAAAGAUGGAGAUGGAGGAGCCACCCCCAGCAGGGAAGAAGGAGGAGCAAGAGAGCCUGAAGAUCCCUGGAGCUGACCUGGGGGAGGCAGAGCUGGGGAACAAACCACCCACACCACCCCUGCACCGGUUUCCAUCCUGGGAGAGCCGAAUCUAUGCUGUGGCCAUUUCCGGCAUGCAGCUCUCAGAUGCAGCUCCCAGAAGUAACACAGCCAGCUGCGCUUCAAGCCCUCCUGCCCUUGUAUUCCCUGGGCCUUUCUCUGGCCUUGUCUACAAGAACGUCACCGUGCCUGUCUUUACAGCCCUGAAAGGGAGAGCCACAAAGAUCAGCAGCAUACCCUUUGUGGAUGAGUCCUCUGGGUCCGACGAUGAUUGCAGCUCUCAGGCGAGUUUCCGAACUUCGGUUACCUGCUCCGAGCCCAGGAAGACCAGCGGACUGGGCAGCCCCCGGGCCAUCAAGAGAGGCGUCUCCAUGUCCUCACUGAGCUCUGAGGGCGACUAUGCUAUCCCCCCGGAUGCCUGCUCUCUGGACAGUGACUACUCAGAGCCUGAGCAUAAACUACAGCGUACCUCGUCCUACUCCACUGAUGGGCUGAGCCUAGGCGGGGAAUCACUGGAGAAAUCGGGCUACCUACUAAAGAUGGGGAGCCGAGUGAAGACAUGGAAGAGGCGCUGGUUUGUCCUGAGACAAAGACAGAUUAUGUACUACAAAUCCCCGAAUGAUGUUAUCCGAAAACCUCAAGGUCAAGUAGAACUUAACUCCCGAUGCCAAAUUGUUCGAGGGGAGGGUGCACAGACAUUCCAGCUCAUCUCUGAAAAGAAAACCUACUACCUGACGGCUGAUUCACCUAGCCUGCUGGAGGAAUGGAUCCGAGUACUGCAGAGCCUGCUCAAAGUCCAAGCUGUUGGGCCUCCAGCCCUGCCUCACAGUGGCACCAAGCCCACUGUGAAGGGCUGGCUGACCAAGGUAAAGCAUGGCCACUCCAAGCUGGUCUGGUGUGCUCUCGUUGGAAAAACUUUCUACUACUAUCGGAGCCAUGAGGACAAGCGACCCCUGGGCCAUCUGCCCAUGAGGGAUGCACACAUAGAGGAAGUAGAUCGAUCCUGUGACUCAGACGAGGACUAUGAGGCCGGAGGAACCGGACGGUUGCUUUCCUCCCACUGCACCCUGGUGAUCCGCCCCGCAGAGCACAGCCCUACCUACCUCCUCAUUGGCACCAAGCAUGAAAAGGACACAUGGCUUUACCACCUCACAGUGGCUGCAGGUGGUAGCAGUGCCAAGGUGGGCACUGCCUAUGAGCAGCUCAUUGGAAAACUGAUGGAUGGUGAAGGAGAUCCAGAUUCCCCCCUCUGGAGGCACCCCGUGCUGUGCUACAGCAAAGAUGGGCUGUACACCUCCCUCACCACCUUGCCCUCGGAGGCCCUGCAGACGGAGGCCCUCAAACUCUUCAAGUCCUGCCAGCUCUUCAUCAACGUGCCUGUGGAAGCCGCCUCAGUAGACUACCAUGUGUCCCUGGCCCAGACAGCACUGCAGGUGUGUCUGGUUCACCCCGAGCUGCAGAGUGAGAUCUACUGCCAACUCAUGAAGCAGUCUAACUGUCGCCCACCUCAGAAGUACUCCCUCAUGCAGUGCUGGCAGCUUCUGGCUCUGUGUGCCCCACUCUUCCUGCCUCAGCAUCACUUCCUCUGGUACAUCAAACAGCAGCUCCAACGCCAUGCAGACCCCAGAAACGAGACUGGCCAGUAUGCUACCUACUGCCAGCGGGCAGUGGAGCGGACUCUGCAGACUGGGGAGAGGGAAGCCAGGCCAUCUCGCAUGGAAGUGGUGUCCAUCUUGCUGCGUAACCCCUUCCACCACUCCUUGCCCUUCAGCAUCCCUGUGCACUUUGCCAAUGGGACUUACCAGGUGGUUGGUUUUGAUGGCUCCUCCACAGUUGAUGAGUUCCUCCAGCGGCUGAACCAAGAGACAGGCAUGAGAAAGUCCUCCCACUCUGGCUUUUCCCUCUUCACAGACGAUCCUUCUGGCAGGGACCUGGAACACUGCCUCCAGGGGAGUGUCAAGAUCUGCGAUGUCAUCUCCAAGUGGGAACAAGCCUUGAAGGAGCUGCAUCCCGGGAAGUCUGAGGGUGGCACACGCAUCGUGAAGCUCAUGUACAAGAACAGGCUAUACUUUCGGAGUCAAGUCAAAGGGGAGACCGAGCGAGAGCGGCUGCUGCUUGCCUCCCAAACUAAUGGGGAGAUAGUGGCAGGGAGGUUUCCUGUCAACAAGGAACUGGCUCUUGAGAUGGCUGCCCUGAUGGCCCAGGUAGAAUACGGAGACUUGGAGAAGCCUACCCUGCCAGGCCCUGGGGGCACACCCCCUGCCAAGGCUCAGCAUCUCCUCCAGCAGGUCCUAGAUAGGUUCUACCCAAGGCGCUACAGACAUGGGCCCCCCGCUGAACAGCUGAGGCACCUGGCAGAUACACUGACCACAAAGUGGCUGGCACUGCAAGGCUGCUCCUCUCCCGAGUGCAUCCGCAUCUACUUGACCGUGGCCCGGAAGUGGCCCUUCUUCGGUGCUAAGCUCUUUACUGCUCAGGAUUUUUCUGUUUCCCAUCCUGCCCAGCUGUCUUCUAAGGAGAAUACUCUGGUGUGGAUUGCUGUGAACGAGGAUGGUGUCAGCAUCCUGGACCACAACACUAUGCAAGUGCAUGUCACUUACCCGUACUCUUCAGUGACUACCUUUGGUGGCUGCCGGGAUGACUUCAUGCUUGUGAUUAGAUCCAUUCAAGACCAGAACUCUGGAAAAGGCCACAUUGAGAAGUUGAUCUUCCGGAUGGCUGCUCCCAAGAUUGCAGAGGCUACCCUCAUCAUGGCCAGCUACAUGAAUCAUUGCUCUGCAACUGUGAGCCCACCAACCAACCCGCCUGCUUCCCGCCAACCUUGGGAACUGGAUGGACGGCAGUUCUUUGCUUCUAUUCCACGUGCUACCAAGCGGCCAACGUUACUGUGAAGAUUACUCCUACCGUCCCCAAUUACACCUGGUCCCUGCAGGAUUAACCAUAUAUCCUAGGGUAUCUGAUACUAACUGUGAUGGGUCUAACUGUCCCCCAACCCUCCUUGGUUUAGUCUGUGAAAUGUUUGAGUAUUUCAUUGUCCACAAAGCCUUUAUUCUCUAGGUGCCUUACAAUGUUUCAGGGCCAAACUUUUAAAAAUCCAGGUCCAAUGAUGAAACCCACUCACUUUUUUCCACAAGAAUAUUGAGCUCUGGCUGCUACCUUAUCUAGACAUAGACAGGGAAUGAUCCACUGUACCUGAGGGCAUCAGUGCUGUACGCCAAGGUACUCUCAGGGAAGUAAGAUAUUUUUUACAAUGUGUAUGGUCCUUACUUGGGGAUUUAUACUUGAAGUUUUCCCAGCCCCUGAACAAGACAGGACUAAAAUUUCCAUUUCAACUGAACCUCUAACAAAAGCCUAGAACUCAUUAAAACUGGACUUCCUUCCCAGGUGGGCAAGGUGUUGGGUAAAAAGGAAUAGGGGCAGCAGCUCCUAUCUUUGCACGCUUUCCCUGCUAAGAAUGAAACUGUUCUCUUACACACUGGACUGUCAGCCAAACUCAGUACCACACACUGUCCAAGCAAAGGCAGGAGGUGCUUCAAUCUGACCUCUCCUUGUCUCAUUUUAGAGACUGAACAGGGCUCAGUGAAGGCUGUGCUCACUACUGUUAAGGUGAGGUGGUGCUCACUAGUGUAGGGUAGGUGGUGCUCGCUACUGUAGGGUGAGGCGGUGACUAUUUGUUUCCCCAUUCUUUGAAAGGCCAAGGAAAUGUGCUCUGCUUUUUUGUGAGGUUGCUGCCAAAGAUGAGUCAAGAACACAGAGAACCCCUCCAGGCUCAUGGCCCUGACCUGUUUCUCAGGACUUCUGGUGAACUUCUCUUGGGAAUUAGUUUGAGAGCAGAGGGCACAUAUGUGAUAUCUGUUCUAGCCUAACAGCACUAGGGGAAAGAAAUUGAAGUUUUCUUUCCCCUUUGGCCAUUGUGAUGACACCAAUAUCACCCCUCCAGACCUAGUCAAGAGCAAAGGAGAUGGUAGUUGUCUCCCACCUUCCCCUAAUAGGAAAAAAAAAAAAAACCAAAACGAAAGAGUUCAUACUCUGAUAUUCCAACACCUGAGAAAAUGAAUUUUAUUUCAUAGCUUUAGGGCAAUCUUGCCAUUUGUCAGUAAAGUGCUGAAAACUGGAUGGAUUUAGCAGUAACAUCCAAAAACCAAGCCUUUAACAAUGUGUGCUUCUUGCACACUGCAAAAACAACAUGCUGGAAGUAGUUCAUGUAACACUUCAGCUGCUGUAAACUUCCCCUUCUUUCCCGUUUUAAACUGACAAGCAUGAUGAAAAAAGCACAUCAGUCUGCAUCUUAUAAAUGAACUUGACUUUAUAAAGACAGGCAGUUUUACAGCCAUCUCCCACUUCUGUACUGCCUUUUCCACCAGGAUUUAGGGAUCUAGCUGAGACGUUUCUACCUCGAACAAGUCACAUCUCACAUAUACCACAGGUUCCUGGGUAACCCUCCAGAGCUGUGUAAAAGGCAGAGAUUGCAGCUCUGGUUUUUAAUAUCUUGAGUGUCUCUAGGACCAAUGAGGAUAACAUCAUCUGCCAGGGAGGGAUGUUUAAAAAAAAAUUAGGAUUCCAUAUAAAGACUAGGCAAGGAGUUUUUUCAUACUGAACUUGACGCCACGCUAUUCCCCCGCUUCCCCUCCCUCCCAAUCCUUCAGGAAUCCUCUCAGUUUAUUAAUUUUAUACAGAAGAAGCUUCCUUAUAAACAAAGGCUUCUACAGUUCUCUUAUUUAUCCUUCUUUAACACGCAAGUCCUAUGUCUGGAAACAAAAGUCAAAUCUGUCUGACCUUUUGUCUCAUCCCUUUUGGCAAAAGAAGCUUUUGAAACCGUAGCUAAUGAUGAGUAACAGGAAAGUAUUCAUGUGCUUGACACCCAUGACUGAAACGCCAUGAUUGUGUUUGUCAAUAAAAAGCAGCUGUCUGUGAACCAGGCAAUUAUUGUGUAUGUUUUAAGAAGAUUUGUUUAUUAAGAGAGUUAUAAAUUAACCCUGCUAACACAGGAGCUAAGUGGACAGAGUAGUCUUUUGUAGGACAUUUCUUCCCGCUAACUAGUACCUGAAGGGCUGGCUUUUUUAUUAUUAACUUUUACACAGUGGUGCUCUGCAGUUGGAAAUGAUACCUUUCUCAAGAAACCUGAUGUCAGUUUCCCACUGUCUUGCUC